CUCACCGGUAGCCGUCGCUCAGCCUGUUCCAUUGAAUCCACUGCCUUGUGGGCUACUUUGUUCUCCUGGAACGCUUGAGGAAACUCCCCGUGUUGUACGUUUUCGGAACGUCAUCUCGUCUCGCACCGCUUCAGCCCAACCCAAAUCCACUAUGGCGCAAAUCAACUACCGCACCAUCAACGUCGAUGCCCUUGAUCCGGAGGCUGCCGUGAACUUCCCCCUCGACUCACUCCUCCCCGGCAACCUGCCCCCGCCGACAACGUCCAGCGGAGCCGCCAAUGUCGCGACACAAGUGCGUCAGAUGCUGCGGGGCGGUGACCCGGAGGGUGCCCUGCGACAUGUCCUCGACACCGCCCCGCUGGGCGGCGAUGAUCGCGCCAAGGAGGUCCAUCUUGCGGCUGUCAUUGAAGUGCUACAGGGGAUCCGGCAAGGGGAAAUGACCCGCAUACUGGAGGGGGUGUGUUCUGGCGACGGCGGAUCGGAGCGGGCAGACUGCUUGAUGAAGUAUCUCUACAAAGGUAUGGCUGCUCCCGCGCCCAGCAGCGGUGUCCAGUCCCCCCGCAAAUCGGUGUCUCCGCAAAGUACCGGUUUCUCGCAAAUCCAAGGCCGGAAUCUGGGUGAGGGUGGCGGCGGCCAGCAGAUGAGCGUCCUGCUGAGCUGGCAUGAGAAGCUGGUCGAGCUGACCGGGACUGGAUCGAUUGUGAGAGUCAUGACGGACCGAAGGACUGUCUGAGAGCUAGUUUGUACUUGCUGUACCAACGGUCGGCACCCACGCACACGCACACAAAAACAUCUUGGGCCAUAGACUGUGAUCAUAUAUCCUUAACUGAAGCGCAGAUGGGAGUGAGGUUACUACAAUCAAUACCAUGUAUACUCUGUUGUAGCAUG